AGUGAAGACGGGUUUGCCAAACUCAACAGCCAAACGCGGCCUAUUAGGCUUAGAAGAGCAGACCAGAAAGCUCUACAUUCAUCCCCCUUUCUCUCUCUUCUCUAACGAAAAUGGCGGCAACUUCUCGAAGAUCAAACGCAUCAGUUCUCCGAUCACUCUCACCGUCCGGAAGGUUCUACGGUUACCGGAGUUCAUCUUCGUCGGCCUUCGCGUCCUCGUCCUCCAGUUUCUCCUCCGGAUCCGCAACUUCCUUCUUCUGUAGAUCGACUUCCCCGUCGCGUGUGAAGCUUCACGGUUCGCCUUCAGUUUCCGUGCCGUCCGUGCGGUUUUCUCUUGACCGUGCGACGUCUCCGAACAGAUCCGUGUCUGUUUCUUCUCGCAGCGGAGGGAGUCAUCGAGUCGUGCAGAGGCAGAGCAGUUCGAAGAGGACGUGUAUGUGUUCUCCUACUACUCACCCUGGCUCGUUCCGGUGUAGUCUCCAUAAAGGUAUAAUUUCGCAACCUACUGUUCCGUACUCGCCGAGUAGGUUGAAUGCUCGUCGAUCGGCGAUGACGAAUUCUCUUGUUAGAAUCGGAGGCGUUGAAGGUGAUCUCGUGAAGCGAGCUUUAGCUGCUUUGAUUCGGCCUUCUUCUCAUCAGCAACGCCGUCGAUCUGAUUUUAGGCCGAAGCGUAGCCGGCUCUCAAUUAUGUCAAAAGCCGAAGAAACACUAUAAUCAUUCGGUAUGAUGAAAUUGCCUAAUCGAUGAAUUUCCGGAGAUAGCCGCAGUUCUUCUAGUCCUCCGGCGGUUCGUGACGGUGACGAUGCUAUUCUUUUUCUCUGCGGAGACCGUUACCCACAUUCAUAGCUACAGAUCUCUGAAAUCUCCUUUGUACAAAUUAAUAUUUUAUACAGAUUACUGGAUAUGAAAUCGUUUGUGUUCGUCGCAAUCGGCGCACAGAUCAGACCUAAAAUUGCGAGUAAAUCGAGAAAUCAAUCACAAUUUAAUGAAAUUCACAUGAAUUAAAAAA